AUGAGCGGGUCGCAUCAAUCCAACGGCGCCGCGUGCGAUUCGAAAGCGGAGCACCCGAGCAUUCCCCUCGUCGAUCUGGACGGUCUCAGAAGCGCGCAACCGCAAACAGCGCAGCAGGCGGGCAAAGCGCUAGUCGACGCAUUCAAGACUUUCGGCUUCGCAUAUGUCAGAAAUCAUGGGCUGCCGCAGGAGACUGUGGACGCCGCGUUCCAAUGGGUUUGUCUCUCCCGACUCAUGUCUGUGCAUGAUAUCACAACUCACAAUUCCAUCCAGAGCGCCAAGUUCUUCUCGCUGCCCCAGGCAGAGAAGGAAAAAGCACCGCAUCCCCCAGAGGGAUGGUGGCACCGGGGGUACUCGGGCAUAGGCCGAGAAAAGGUCACGCAAAUGGUGUUUGACGCCGACGAAAUCAGCGAGCGUCGCAAGAUCCCCGACUUUAAGGAAUCAUACGAGAUUGGUCGUGAGGAUGAUGAUCAUCUCCCCAACAUUUGGAUUCCCGACGAGUCGCUACCUGGCUUUCGGGCGUUCUUCAACAGCUUCUACGAGGACUGCUACCAGCUCGAACUCCACCUGCUCCGGGGAAUGGCGCUGGGAAUGGGAUUAGACGAGGCCUUCUUCCAGGGGUACCACGUGAACAAGGACAACCAGAUUCGGCUCCUCCAUUACCCACCGGCCGAGGAAAAGUUGCUUCGCGCGGGAAAGGUUGAGCGGUUGGGUGCGCACACUGAUUUUGGGUCCAUGACAUUGCUCUUCCAGGACGAGGUUGGAGGGCUGGAGGUAGAAGAUCCUAACGAAGCGGGACAUUUCGUCCCAGUGCCGUAUAUACCUGGGACGAUCGUCGUCAACAUUGGCGACUUCAUGCAGCGGUGGAGCAACGACACGCUCAGGUCGACGAUGCAUCGAGUCCGGGCGCCGCCGCUGGAAACGGAUAUGAGCGGCAGUCGAGUCACACGGGCGCGUUAUUCCAUCCCGUACUUCAUCGGCGCCGACUCAGAAAAGACUGUUGAUUGUGUUCCUGGCUGUUUCGGGCCCGAGCGACCCAAGAAGUAUGACCCGAUCAACAGCCGGGAGUACAUCGAGAUGCGCCUGAAUGCAACGUACUGA